ACAACACACUCAGCUGCUGAGUCAGCGGAGCGUGAGUUAAUAGCAAAGCAGGAAGUAAAGGCAGAAAUCUCAUUGCAAAGGGUCAAUGAGGCAGGGUGAGAGAGCUUUCUGAAGAAGGGUCUAGACCCGAACCGUCAGCUUUCCUGCUCAUCUGAUACAGCUGUGUUCAUCCAGCUGUACACUUUGUUAUCUCAGAUUCUCCAGCAUCUGCAGUUCCUACUGUCUUGGGUUGCUGACUUGAAGAUUACUGACAAGUAUGAUGUUCAUCUUUGCCUCAUUCCUCUGUGUUUCCAUGGUGAUGGCCAACCCAUUGCCAGAUUUGGAGCCCCUGUCCCAGAAUAUGGUGAUCUUCAUCAACAAACUGAACACUACCUGGCAGGCUGGUCACAAUUUCCAGAAUGUUCCUUGGAGUUAUGUGAAGAGACUGUGUGGGACGUUCCUCAAUGGACCGAAACUGCCCUUAAGAUCUCAGAAGCUCACUGCUUUGAACCUUCCAACAGACUUUGACUCUCGGGAACAGUGGCCAAAUUGUCCCACCAUCAAGGAAAUCCGUGACCAGGGAUCAUGUGGAUCCUGUUGGGCCUUUGGUGCAGUGGAAGCUAUGUCCGAUAGGAUUUGUAUCCAUUCCAGAGGGGAAGUCAAUGUGGAGAUCUCAGCUGAAGACCUUCUGAGCUGCUGUAAACUCGAAUGUGGGAAUGGUUGUAAUGGUGGCUAUCCGUCUGGAGCUUGGGAAUUCUGGACUGAAGCUGGUCUAGUAUCAGGAGGACUUUAUGAUUCAAAUGUAGGCUGCCGUCCAUAUUCAAUCCCUCCAUGUGAACACCACAUUAAUGGCUCUCGACCAAAAUGCAACGGAGAGACUGAAACUCCCAAAUGCUCUGAACGAUGUGAGGCUGGUUACACCCCAAAGUACAGAAGUGACAAACACUAUGGCCUUACUUCAUAUGGUGUCAGUUCAGAUGUCAAAGAGAUUAUGACAGAAAUCUACAAGAAUGGGCCAGUGGAAGCUGCCCUAAUAGUCUACGCUGACUUCUUACACUACAAAUCAGGAGUUUACCAACAUGUGGCUGGGGAGUCAAUGGGUGGUCACGCUAUCAAGAUCUUGGGUUGGGGCAUGGAGAAUGGGACGCCCUAUUGGUUGGUUGCCAACUCCUGGAACACAGACUGGGGCGAUAAUGGUUUCUUCAAAAUCUUGCGUGGCAGCAAUGAAUGUGGAAUCGAAUCAGAGAUUUUGGCUGGAAUUCCUCGGGACAUUAGAAAGAACAAGUACCAAUGAGGUGGAGUGAAGUUCCAAGCCCUGCACACAAUAUCUCAGUGAUAUUCUGGGAGGUGGCAAGGGACUCCAUUGGAGAGCUUGGCACCUAUACCUGACAAGUGAAGGAGCACAUUACUCCAAGUCCCAAGAGGCCUAUGCACAAAAUCAUGUUUCAAUCAUGUGCAAUGUUCCUGAUUUAACAAGCUUUCUUUAAUCCACAGUAACCAGCUGUUAGCUGUGAGAAUCUCUCACUUAACACUUGCUUCUCUCACCCUUUGUCUUCUCUGCUCAGAUUAUGAUGUUUUUGGAAGCAUGUAAAACCACUAUGACACUAACACACUAUUUUCCACUAGCUCAAAAUAAAAUUUAUGUGAAAGAA